AUGGCAAGUGCAGCAGCUGUUGGGAUGAUGGGAGGAAAUGGGUGUGCUGGGUCUUCAACUUCUUGGUUUCAAAUCAAGAAUAGGAGAAAGAAGAAUAAUGAUAAGAUGGGGAGAGAUAGAGUCAGGUUUGUUUGUGCUGCUUCUUAUUCUUCUUCCGUCAUGGAUCCUUAUAAGACUCUUAGGAUCCAACCUGGUGCUUCUGAAUCGGAGGUCAAGAAAGCUUUUAGACAGCUUGCUUUGCAGUAUCAUCCAGAUGUAUGCAGAGGAAACAAUUGUGGUGUACAGUUCAGUCUGAUCAAUGAAGCCUAUGAUAUUGUGAUGAGUAAUUUGAGGGAAGAACCAGAUGAAUCAUCUCAUAUGUACAUGUCUUAUGAGCCAUCGGAUCAAGGAAUUGAUGAGCCUAUGAGAGGAAUGGAUGACCCAGAUUGGGAUAUGUGGGAAGAAUGGAUGGGAUGGGAAGGAGCUGGAAUUCGUGACUACUCAUCUCAUGUUAAUCCUUACAUUUAA